CGUCACGCAACCCGGAAGAGUGUAGAGGGACACAGCCGUGGGGUUCAUUACGGUGUUGGUGGCCACGUGUUUGCACUGAAGUUGGCGAGAGACUGUAUUCAGGCUUUAAUAGGAAUUAAUCGAGAACGAAAUUGGCAUUACCGGGCAACGUAAGAAAAUUCGCCUUGUGGAGCAGUCAUGGCAGUUCGGGCCUCCUUCGAAAAUAAUAAUGAGAUCGGAUGUUUCGCUAAACUCACUAACACUUACUGCCUGGUUGCCAUCGGGGGAUCAGAGAAUUUCUAUAGUGUUUUUGAGGGGGAACUUUCUGAAACAAUUCCUGUAGUCCAUGCCUCAAUUGCAGGAUGCAGGAUUAUUGGAAGAAUGUGCGUUGGAAACCGUAAUGGUCUUCUAGUUCCAAGUAGUACAACAGACCAGGAGCUUCAGCAUAUCAGAAACAGUUUGCCAGAUUCUGUCCGCAUCCAGAGAGUAGAGGAACGUCUGUCAGCCUUAGGGAAUGUAAUAGCAUGUAAUGACUAUGUGGCACUUGUCCAUCCAGAUCUUGACAGGGAGACAGAAGAGAUUUUGGCAGAUGUCCUAAAAGUUGAAGUUUUUAGGCAGACUAUUGCAGAGCAAGUUCUGGUUGGCAGCUACUGUGCAUUUAGUAAUCAAGGAGGCUUAGUGCACCCAAAAACAUCAAUUGAAGAUCAAGAUGAACUGUCUUCACUCUUACAAGUUCCCCUUGUGGCUGGGACAGUUAAUCGUGGAAGUGAAGUGAUUGCUGCAGGAAUGGUUGUUAAUGAUUGGUGUUCUUUUUGUGGCCUGGAUACAACCAGCACAGAGCUUUCAGUCAUUGAAAGUGUAUUUAAAUUAAGCGAUGCUCAGCCUAGCAGUAUUGCUACAAGUAUGAGAGAUUCCCUGAUUGACAGCUUGACAUAAGUUGCAAGAGGAAAUUUGUACAUUUGUUGAAAAACUAAUUCUGCUGCUUAUCAAUAUCGCACAGGUGUAUAGGACAUUAAACGCUGCUGAAAUAUCUAUAGCUUAAAACCAUUAAUCUGUUCAUAAAAUAAGUGUAAAGUGAAGCAAAAACAAAAUUUUCUUAAAACAAAUAAAGACUUUUAUCACAUCAAA